UCAAAUACGUUAAUAAUAAUUGACAAUUGUAAUUUGUAAAUUCUUUAAGUUUUAAGUUAAAAACAUUCAAUUUUAUGAUCUAAAUAUAAAAUACAUAUAUAAGUCUUAUAUUAUCGAUAAUCCAUUCACCAUUGAUAUCGCAACACAAUCACGGAAAACAUGCGAAUUUUAAAUUUUUGCAUUUUAUGUCCGUGUUUGACAAGUGAAAAAAUUAACUACUAACCUGCAUUUAUACUCGUGAAUACGAUUUAAUUCUUUGAAAUGAUCGAUUCUUUUUAUUAUGUUUGAUCAUCUAUAAAUCAAAAUUUCUUUGUCAUUUAUAAACAAUUAUUUAUAAAGUGCCUAUUAAUUAUAAAAAUAAUUUUAAUCAUGAGGACUCCGCCAGAAUUUCAAUCAAAAAAAGCAUAUAAUAAGGAUUUGGUGAAAGACGCCAUUCAGUUAACGAUAAGUGUUAAUCGAAUGAAGCAACAUUUUAUUUGGGGAACUGUUAAUGUCAUAAUAUUGUCUAUGCUCACUUAUGAUUUAUUGGCAUUGCCAUAUUCUUGGUAUACUCCAUGGUGGAGAUUUGUUGAAUCAGUGUCAUCAAUAGUCAUAUUAUUAAGUCUUUUAUAUCAUUUAUUGUCCCUUACAAAAUUAUGGAUAACCACCAACACCUUACACCUGUCGCCAGAACACUUCCAGACACUUGGCUUAUCCAACUCUUAUAUAAAAGUAAAAUCGCCAGACACUUCAUCAAGUAUAUUAACACCUCCUGCGACUACAAGUACACCAAUUAACUGGAUAUCUAACAAAUGGAACAACCAAAAGUUUCAUGUUUCACCUGACAACUUUGGACCAGAGAAACGAAAUAGAAAUGCAACUAAGUAUAUGACCAGUAAAAAUGACGAAACUAUUGAAGAUUUAUCCACUUUAGAACAAUACCUAAAAGACUACGACAACAAAAAUAGUUUUUCUUUCACUGAACGUGAUUCUGAACAACGGAGCAUGUCUAUGUGGGAACGUUCUGGUUGCUCAAACACAUCUAUUUCUUCAAUGCUACAAAAUUCUAUUUAUCAAGUAGCAUCAUCACCUGAACAAUCAAAAUCUGAACUUAAUGAGAGUACUUCUACUGUUGCUAUGGCUUCAGAAGUAUGGCGUAAGUUUAAAGUCGAUAAUAAUAAAGUUGAAAGAUGGUCUGUUAAUUUAAGAACUUGGAUUUCACAAACAAUUAUUUCUCGAUUGGUAAAAGAAAUUGAAAGUGUUGAUCGAGCAUUGUAUAAUCAAGGAUUUGUAGAUGUAUCAAUAGGAAAUGUUGGUUUAGAAAGACUAAAAAAAACUGCACAUACAAUUCAAGUUGCUCAAACUAUACCUAGUUUACUGUAUAUUAUUCCAUAUUUUGAAGUAUCUCCGAAUCAAGAAUAUAUAGUUCAACGCAUAAGAGAAUUAGCCAAAGGUCCUUGUUUAACCGAAUAUCGGUGGAAUUCUGGUGGAACAUUUAAAGGAAAAGAAUGGAAUAGUGAAUUACCAUCUGACGCAGUUUUAGUUAUGCAUCUACUAGCUACAUACUUAGAUUCUCAGUUAUCUCCAUUAACACGUCUUAAGGGAAAAAACCCAUUUUCUGUUCAACAUCUGAUCAAGUAUCCAGAAAAAUUAAAAUCUGAUAAUAAACAAGUGGUAAUUUUUCAGCAAUCUAAUGUCCCACCUCAUUACAGUUUAAAAAUUGGCAAAGAAACACAUAAUUUUCCAAAGGGUCGUAAUAACUUUUUCUUUACGGUUUUAUUGUUCCUGCAUCAUAUUAAAACGACUGAAAAUGGGUUGUUGGAGAGUGUCAACCUUGGAAAAACUGGAGUAAAUAUGCUCUGGAUUAUAGAAUAAAUUAAAUUGUAUUAUUAAUUUAUUUUUUUAAAUGCUUGCAAGUUGUAAUAUACUUUAUUAAAUAUUUCUCAUCAAAA